CGCCUAUUCCUGGAGAGUAGCUAUGCCUACCUCCCAUUCCUUUCCCUUCCACGGUGACGUCGAGGCUCGUUUGUGCCCUUCUCUUGCCGUCCCUGACCAUUCAGAUCUCAGCCGAUCUCUUGUUUCUCUCAUCCGCUUCGCACCUGCCUCCAUGCCUAUUUCCAGCCAAGCGAAGAAAGCGAACUCAAAAAAGAACGAGGACAACCGCUCCCACUUUGAGCGUGUGCAGCAGUUCUUCGGUCUUGGCAACGGAAGCAACCCCAUGGGCUGCCGUGUGAAGGGCUGCACUUUCCAAAACUGCCAGAAGACGGGCAAGCACUACUGCAAGAGCUGUGGCGACACGGACUCGGACCAUUUCGCCUCGGACUGCCCCCGCUUGCGCGGCGGACAGAACGCAUCGAAACACUCGGUAGGCAGGCACAACAACAGACCAACUGUUUCUUGCGUGUGUGUGCAAAGCUGAUCUGCUGUCUCUUGUGUUUCCGUUGCUGUGUGGCCUGCAGGGUGGCUCAUCAUCGUCAGGGCGGUCCCACGGCCACCACCCGCCCGACAGCCACGGCCACCACCGCGGCUACCAGGACAGAGAUCUCAGCCGCUCGAGGCAGCCAAGUUAUGAGCCCAAGCCCCUGUCCUGCCGUGUCAAGGGCUGCACUCACCCCAACUGCCAGAAGACCGGCAAGCACUUCUGCAAGAACUGUGGCGACACGGUACCUAAUAAAAUCUCAUGAGGCUUCGCCUGGGCUGCAUGACCCUUUCUUUUCUCGCCUGGCUGCUUGCGUGCAGGAUGCUGACCACUACUCGAAAGAUUGCCACAAGAAACCCGGCAUGCCCAUGCCGCAAGCGAUGCUUGACUGGGGACACACAUCCAACACGCACUCGGUAAGUGAGCAGAACACACCAUGCCAGUGCUGUGUGGGUGCAAUUGGUGUGUGUGGUGCUCUUCUCUGCUCCGCUCUCUGCUGCAGGUGCAUUCAUCGCCUCCGCUGUCGUCAUCGUCUUCCUCGUCUUCACCUUCGGCAGGCCUGUCGUCUCCCAGAGAUGAGGGCUCGUCUCUCGUCGUCCAUGCCAUCCUCACCCACCAUGCGGCGGAGCACGGACGCGCAAAGGACCCCGAGGACGUCACUCGUCUGCUGAGCGUGCUGCAGCAGCAAAUGGGCGGCCAGGGGAUCUCAUCGACCACGUUCCGUGGCGUGGAGAAGCUGUGGACCUCCAUCUUCAUCGACGAGACGCUGCCCGUCCUGUGUGACGUCCUGUCCAAGAGCGACCUCAGCUUUCCUCUCCGCCCCCCAUGCAGCAACCCACACAGCAAAAUGGAGAGACGGAUGAUGGCUCGCGAGUGCUUCGCCCUCGUCGGUGCGGGCUUCCUCUGCCUGCACAAGCACGACGAUCCAGGCAGCCUCAACUUUGACCGCCUGUUCGACAACAGCACACCCUCGGGCAUGGCCAAGCUGCAGUGCUUCAUCAACUACCUCGACACCAUGGCGCGGGCCAUCAAGGAGAACAAGAGCACCGAGACGGAUCGUGUGGUCAUCUUCCAAGCCCUGCAUAGCCCAGCGGCGGGGCUUCAGGAGUGGUCGGAGUCGACUGCCACUCUGGUGGACGUGCGAUUCGUGGAAGGCACCCAAGCAUCCAUCUUCGACUCGGAGGGCAUUAGGGGCGACUUCGCCAACGAGGACAUCGGUGGCGGAACGCUGGGAAACGGUACGCAGACCACCUCAGGGGACCCACAUACCUCCUUGAAUGUGUGUCUGUGUCUUGCCGCGUCUGUGUGAGUAUUUCAGGUGCGGUGCAGGAGGAGAUUCUGUUCUCGAUCGAGCCCGAGUGCCUCGUCGCCCGCCACCUCUUCCCCAGGCCCAUGGGAUCGACUGAGGCCUUCAUGAUCAUCGGCUCGAGGACAUUCAGCAAAACAUCCGGCUACGGCCGCGAGACCCUCAGCUUCGCCGGGUCUCUUCUCGACACCGCCACCAUGAUUCAGACACAAGCGGGUUCGUACCUGGACAAGUACAUCGUGGCCUUCGAUGCGGUCAACUUCGGCAAGCACGGGGGCGGUCAGCAGUACGACAAGACAUGUGUGCUGCGGGAUCUCAACAAGGCGUACACGGCCUUCCACUGCAACAGCCUGACGGUCGUCGGUGGCAUGCCAUUCGCGACGGGGCAGUGAACCACACGGACGGAAUGACAGUCACUGCCAUCCUCUCUGGCCUCUUCAUCUCUGUGUGUAUGCGUGUAUGUGCCCGUGCAGGCAAUUGGGGCUGCGGUGUGUUUGGCCGCGAUCCCCAGUGGAAGUUCCUCAUCCAGUGGUGUGCUGCGACUCUCGCUGGGCGAAAGCUUGACUACUACCCAAGAGACGAGAAGAGCCUGAUGGGCGCCAAGGACUUCAUGCACAGCCUGAAGGACGCUGGGUGCGACACUGUGGGGGGAUUGGUGCAGCUGAUGUGCGAUGGGCGCGUACGGAGGGCGAUCGGGCCUCACAUGUCGGCAUUCGACGCCAUCAUGGCGGCGCUCAUCGAGCAAAACACUCCGCCCUCGCCAUCGAAGGUCAGCCGCCUUUGCGCGCCUUCCUGCAUCAACCAGACUGAGUGCUUGUGUGUGUGUGUGUGUGUGUGUGCUUGCAGUCCCACCUGACCUAUCUUCCAUUGUCAAACGGGCACCAGACCUAUCGGCAGGCGUUGACCAACGGGCUGGCAGCACCACCACCGCCACACCCGGGAGAUGGUGGAUACGGCAUGGUGAGCCAACUUGCCGUCGGAGGUGCAGCUGGCAAUGUGCUCGUGUCUGCCUGUCUGUGUGUCUGUUUGUCAGGUACCAUCUGCGGCCCUUCCUGAGCUGUCGGCCCCCACCGCAGGGGGACACUACACCAAUGGGGAGAAUCCAAGAGAGGUCGGUCGAGACACGACGCUCACACACAUGUCACUGCUGUCUACUUAUCUGUAGGCUGUUUACGAAGGGACAGCAGCGAAGAAGGAGCGGCCUCCAAUGCUUCCGCCGCAGACAAACACGACGGCCAGCCAUGCGACCGAGUACGCCAAAACAAGUAGAGAGGGGAGACGCAAUGGUCGUGUAAGUGUUUGCUUCUGGUGCGCUGUGCUCAGAUUCAAUCACGUUUUUGAGUUCACGUUCCCAUGCACUCGCCCCAAGCCUUCAGUGGUGCUGCUGGCGGGCUCGUGGGACGGCUGGAAGUUUGCUUCAAUGCGGUGGUCAGCAAUAAACAACAGAUUCUACCGCCCCAUGCAUCCCCCCCCCGGCAAUUACGAGUACAAGUUCUUCGUCGACGAGGAGUGGCAGUGCUGCAAUGACCAGAAGAUGGAGAACGGCCCGUAUGGGCCGAACAAUGUGGUCACCAUCCGGCCUGACGGACACGCGGUGUGAGAGACAUGGCUGGCAAUGUGAGGCCGGGAGGGGGGAGGGGCGGGGAGGGUGAAUGUGUAAGGCUGCGUCGGAACUUCAAGUAAGGCGAUCAGGUCCCUGAUUGCGUAGUCGUAGUCUCGCUCUCUUUUCAUCUACGGUGGUUUUUGAUGACUGAAUGAAGUACGUGUGGGUGUUGCGUGAGAGAGAGUGCUUAAGGUCGUUUCGGCAUUCGCCAAAAGGCAGUCAGGCAUCGGAGCGGCGCAUACUACGAGUGAGUUUGAUCAAGGGAGGGAUGCGGGCUGUCUUAGCGAUUUCAAGCUAAGGUAGAGACAGGUUGUGGGGGUUUUUGAUGAAUGAAUGAAUGAAUGAAGUCCGCGUGGUUGGUGCGUGAGAGGCAGUGUGAUACUGCCAGAGGCAGCCAGGCAUUCCGUUGCUUACAUGCGUAGCAGUGAGUUUGAUCAAGGGCUGCCCGACACAGAUCGGCGUUGGGUCAAAUCGCGUGUGAGUGCCGCGUGUGUGUGCGUGACGGCUGCAUUCGGAUGC